AUGGUUGGUUCUGCGCACCGCAAGUUACGCAAAGUGCUUGUCCGGAAAGGACUGUUAGAGGAUAGAGAAUUCAGCAUCGGUUUUGGUGAUGGAGAUCUUGACCCUGCGGAUGUAAUCGGUCAACUCUUCUCGAGUUCUAUUGUUGAAGUACCAUCUCAAUCUUCUUCCAAAAUCGACGCUACCGUCUUGCCUCCAACUUCCAUCACUCUUUCAUCUCACACAAUCACUUCAACAUUUACUUCCACCUCGGCCUCUGUUGCCAAGACAUCGUUUACAACUACCAGUUCGACUUCUCAGCUCAUCCCUUCGGUAGCUUCCGCAUCAACAUCUAACACCAACGUUAUUCCAAGUUCCACAGCGGACUCGAGUAAAUCUAGCUCGACAACCUCUUCUGGUAAUAUCAUUGGUAUUGUCGCUGCUGUAAUAAUUGCGGUUCUAUCACUGAGUGUCUUUGGAUUUUUCAUCUUGCGUCAACGUCGGAAGAAUCGAAAUGCUAAGCUCAUUCCCCAGGUUGAUCCAUUCAGACUGGGCUUAUCCGAAAAAGAGUUACCCCCUCAUCCAACGACUGAGCAGCGGAUGACAUUUGGUGCAUUCUAUGGCAGACCAGGUCCAGGCAAUAAUCCCUAUGGUGAGGCCCAGACAAAGAUGGCACAUACUCAGUCAACGACGUACCUAAGUGGGUCUAGUGCCAGUACGAAAUACCCGCAAUCUCUCUUAUCGAAUACCGCUGCUUCCGACGAACAACGCCUCAAGGCUAGUGGUCGGAGUAUUACAGCUGCGUUUGGUGACUCUGAUUCAUUUCCUAUCCCUUCCGGUGUCGCCCCUCCCGCGAUAUCACCAUUUGUGGACCCUGUAGUCAAUCCGAGCCCUAAUAUUCAGAUUCCACUUUCUGCUGCUGUGAAGCACACUCCUUCCUAUACAGCUACCAUCCACGGAUCUCAAAUACCGACCUCUGCUUAUAGCCCUGUGACACGACGCAGUUACGGGUCGCAGAGCCCCUCUUUUGUUGCUAGUGCUCCCCCAGCCAGUGACCGACAUCCACCAAGUGAGCCUGGUGAGCAAAUGAGGCCCGGCACCAUAUAUCAUGAUGAAGAUGUCUAUGGUGGAAUAUAA